UAAAGUGUUAAGUAGGCUUUUUGGCGGGCUUAACUUUUUUUGCUUUAUUGUAAUCUCACGAGUCACGAAUCUUACAUCCCCUUUCAUUUUCCACUUCGAACGAUUUCAUCACACUUGAAUUCUAAUUUCUAUCAGACGAACAUCCCAGUGAGAUAAAGAGAUGAGUACUGGAGGUGAUAAAGGAUCGGGAAACACCAAAACCCCUGCAGAUUUUCUCAAAUCCAUUCGAGGUCGCCCCGUUGUUGUUAAACUCAACUCCGGUGUUGAUUAUCGUGGAAUUUUAGCUUGCCUGGACGGCUACAUGAACAUUGCAAUGGAGCAAACAGAAGAGUAUGUUAAUGGCCAGCUGAAAAAUAAAUAUGGGGAUGCAUUUAUUCGAGGAAAUAACGUGCUCUAUAUCAGUACGACAAAGAGGACACUUGCCGAUGGAACAUAACUCUUCGGUCGGAGCAACUUGUUAGCGUGUAAUUCAUUCCGACAUAUUCAAACGUGCUCUUAACUGGGGCAGGACGUUUUACGACUGAACCUGUUUCCUUCCCAUUCUAGACUAUUUGUAUGUAACGAGCACUUUGAUAUGAAGAGUGAAUUUAAAUGUUACUCCUGAGCGAAUUCAAUUUUUUCCACACUUUUUGUUUAUCAAGUGUAAGACCUGCCCAUGCAGUGAUGUAGUUUUUUUUUACAAGAGUAGCUUAUUGCAUAGCAUAGUUGGAGCAUUGUUUUUUUGAUCCACCAAAAAUGCAGGGAAGGGCCAGUGUAAUUUCUGAAAACUGAAACCCAGGUCGAGAGUAGGGAUUUCAAAAUGAACGGAUGGAUGUAUUUCCUUCCCCAUAUCCAUACCCACAAAAAGUUUUCAUACCCACCACUUAUCUAUCAUCCAUGGCGGGUAAAAUUUUUAUACCCAUGCCUGCUUACUUAGAUAUGCGUUCAAACUCAUUUCCAUCCGUUAUGGCUAAUUGGGUAUACUCAUGAUAGUGUCUGUUUUAUACCCCCUCACAUUCAGUCUAAGUCCACAUUACUUAUACUUUAUAAAUAUUUACAAAUUUAAUUGUAUAUCUAAUUUUGUUUAAAUCAUAUAAAAAUAUAAUGUAAAUUAGUACAUUGAUAUAAAACAAGUGACUAUUGGGCGAGGCAGGUGGGUAUGGGUUGGAUAAGAUCUCAUGUCCACCAUCUACCCACUACCUAUGGUGGUAUGAAAUUUCAUAUUCAUAUCCACCACUAUCCUCCAAAUUUAUAUACAUGCUCUAAUUAAGGCAAAUAUAGUGCGAAAUCCAAAUAAUUUUAAUCUUCAUCCCUAGUCGGAAGAUUGAUUAGGUUGUAAGUAGUUUCAUCAGGGUAUUUUUUGAAUUCCACUCUGAUUUAUUUC